CAUUUUUAUGCCAACCCCGGGUUGGCCAAUACGAUCUGCAAUUUCAGUCUGCAAGCGGUCAGCCAGGUGAACGGCAGCCAGCACAGCUGGGCACUGAGUAAGUGGGCGUGGCAGGCGGCAGUAUCAGCUACCGAUCGAGUGCAUAUAUAUUUUUUAUAUAUAUAUAUUUGUAUCCGAAGACGUCGACGGGUCUUGUUGUGCGUGUGAUGUGUUGAAGAGUGUGCGUGUUUGGGAAAAAUUAUAUAAAAAAUAGUGGAAAAUAUUAAGAGAAAAUGCAAAAAUAAUGCGAAAAUAGUGUUUCAAAAAAUGAGAUAUUUAAGAUAUAUAAGAAAUCCCUUAAAGGAAUGGCUUUUCCUUUAAUUUAAAAACAAAUAACCGCAAAGGCUGUUACAAAAUCAGCCAAACAACAAUAAAAAUUUCCACAAUUACACCAACACAACAACAAACCAACAACACAGACACAAAGAAAACUGCAACAUGAACACCAAUACAAGUGCAAGGGAAAAACAUAAAUGAUUUUCCUUUGUACAAAGUAUGUGCGAUUUUUCUUGCGUUUCUUGCGUUGCUUUUGUGUGUGUGUGUUUGUUUUGUGAGUGUGACUAAAAUUUUUAUUGUUAUUGUUCAUCAUCUAAGAGGACCCAUUAAAUAAAAUUCAAAUAAAAAGCAUCUGGAAAUUUUCAAAUCAGAGAUAAUCUGCCCUAGCAGAUAAUAAAACUAAUGCGAACACAUUAAACCUUAAUUGUGGAUUAUAAAAUCAACAAAUUUCGACCAUCAAUAAAAGUUGGCCAGAGGAGUUUAAGCCAAAAACCAGAGACCUGAAGCCGUCAAGAUGAAAAGAGCCAAAGGCUGGCUGUUAAUGACAGCAACAGUGCUGCUGCUGAGCCUGCUGGCCACCACAGAUGCCGCCCUGCCCUUCAAGAAGGUAUCCAUUGCCAAGACACCCGCCUCCACGAGCAGCACCAGCAGCACCACAACCACCACAGAGGCAGCCGCCGGCGAGGAGGAGCCGGAGGAGGAGCAGCCAGUGCCCAGCGGGGAAGGUGCCGACAGUCAAAGUGUCAAGUCGGACAAUGGCACACUGUCGAAGAACUCCAAGCUGACGGGCAUUCCACAAAUCGAUUACAUCUGGGAUCCCAAUCUGCCCAGGGAACUGAGGGGGUACAACCUUUCAACGUAUCCCUUUUUGGCCACUGUCCCGCCCAUGGAUGAGAUUCACUUCGAGUGCGAGGGUCUGCACGACGGCUUCUAUGCCUCCAUCGAGUACAAAUGCCAGAUCUACCACCACUGUGUCUACGGCAUCAGGCACGAUUUUCUGUGCGCCAAUUUCACGGCCUUUGACCAGCGCACCUUCAUCUGCCACUUUGCCUCCGAUGUGGACUGCGAGGGAUCCCAGAAGUACUGGAACAGGAACGAUGAGCUGUACAUGGCCACCACCACCACCUCCACGAGUACCACCACAACGCCACCGCCUCCCACGGAAGCCUCUGCCCCCCGCCGGCGACCUCAGAGACCUCAGCGGCCACUGAGGCGGCCCUACAAGCGGAGGCCCAUCGACGAUUACUACUACGAGGAGGACCAGUACGAGGACGACUACUACGAGGAGCGACCUGUCCGAAGGCCAAAGCCCAGACCCCACCAGCGCAAGCACAAGGUGGAGGUGGACUACGACGAUGAGUACGAUGAGAAGCGGGCGGAGGCGGAGAAGCCACUGCGAAGGAACAGGAAUCGCUACCGGGACGAGGAGGAGGCCCCGGAGGACGACUACGAUGAACGGCCCAGCAAGAGGCAGAGGGGCAAGACCACUGCGGGACCAUCGGGCCGUAAAGUCUCGCCCCGAAAGCCGGGACGGGUAGAGGAGCGACGCAGCUUCAAUGAGGAUCGCCCGCUGGGCAGAAGGCGCAUCGAGAAGCAACGCACCACGCCCUCAUCAGCCUUGGACGACCUGGACGAGUACGAGAAGCCCUACGGUGGAGCGGAUCAGGAGGAGGCCGCCGAAGAGCAAACCCCGCAAAAGGUCAAGACCACUCCAAAGCCCCUGGCGGAGUUCAUCACUCCCAAGGCAGCAGCAGCCUCCGUAUACGCUCGUCCUCGUGCUCCUCCCAGGAUCGCCCGUCCAGUGCCCAUCAACGAGAAGAAGAAGUACUCCUAUCCAGUGCAGAAGAACACGGCCACCACUCAGGCCCCUUCAGAGGAGGAGGAAUACGCUGAUGAGCAGGUGGAUGACUACGAACAGCCACCGCCGAGGAACACACCCAAAAGACGCACUCCGGCUCCACGAGUCGAGCAGAAGCCUACGAGGAAUACUCUCCGCAAACCGGUGACGGAGAAGAAGCCCCUGGAGGAGGAUUACUACGAGCCAGCAGAGCAGCCAGAGCCCGUGAGGCCACGAAAGCGUCCCUUGGCCCCCCGAUCUCGAGCACCGGCUCGGGACGUGGACUUCGAGGAUGUGGAUUACGAGGAAAGCCCGGCACCGCCUUCCAGCACAGCCGCGCCAGCAAGGAAUCAGAGAUUGAGGGCCAAGACCACCACACGGAAGCCCACAGUGCCGCCACGGCCGCGGCAGCCCAUCGUGGAGGAGGAAGAGGAACUGGAACACGCGGAGGAACCGGCGGAAGAGGAGACGCCAGCUCCCAGGACGAGAGCCAACUCCCUGAACGGCCGAGGCAAGGCGCAGCGUCCGUCGUCGGUACGUGUGGUCAAGCGACCCUUCCUGCCCUCCAGAGGCGGAAGUCCCUAUCUGCCCCGUGGCCUUCAGCCCGUGGGCGUGGCAUUAAAAUCACUCCCCACCACCGAUAGCACGCCCAUUGACAUGGGCUCCACCAUUUCGGGAGUGCGUCUCCUGGAGCAUGGCGCCCCCUUGCUAAGAGGCGAUCCGGAUAGCGAGGAGGAGGUGGAUCCACCACCAUCCCCCAGUCCUCCAAGGACUACGCUACCACCGCGCAGUGCUCUGCCGGCCACGCCGAAACGGGCGGAGCCACAGCGUCCGAAACUGAAUCUCGAUGAGCUCUAUGAGAACGACUACGACGUGACAUUGAACGAUGCUCUCGAUCCCACGCUGAAGCCACUGUCGCCCCAGCAUCCGCAUCCCCAUUCGCUUCCACAUCAGCAUCAGCUUCCAUACCACCAGCAGCAGCAGCAACAGCAGCAGCAGCAGCCACAAUCGCAGCAACAACGGCAAUACGCCAGUGCAUAUAAUCCAUUUGGCUAUCAGCCAGCGUAUCAAUCACCAACAUCCGCUUCAGCAUCAGCAUCUGCAUCCGCACCUGCAUCUGCAUCACAGCCAGCUGGCUAUCAUAGUGAUUCCUAUUUCUCAUCGACAGAUAUACGCCGGCGGGCUGUUGUCCCGGCGCAAGCCGCGCGUCCACAUCGACUCGAAUACGCUUCUACCGGAGGAGCAGCCGGCGGAUCAUCCGGCGGAGGAGUGAGCCGGAGUUACCAGCCAGUGGGCCGGGUUGCCCAGCAUUUCUACGACGACUUUGCGUACUGAAAAGUUUGCGUAUUCUUAGUUUCUUCAGCUGUAAAUAAGUUUCCCCCAACAUAGAGGAGAGUUCCAAUUGGUGCACGACUCCAACUUCUUAAACAAAAUCUGUCUCUACCUUAGUUUAGCCGCAAAAUGAAAUACCUACUCUUAAUUCAAAAAACAAGGUUCAGGACCUAACCAAAACGCUAUAAUAUAAGCGAUCUAAAAACAAUAAUCAUCCCUGAGAGAGAGAUAUAAUAUUUGAACCUCAACUACAUCGCUUAUAAUGCUGUUGCGUUGAAUAGAUGAUUCGUCCGGAACCCCUCUAAUUAUAUAUACGUUGUAUAAUACUCAAUUGUCGUGAUAGUAGCAGCUUGCGAAUGAAUUUUUCUGCUAGCUCCUUUCUAGUAGUUGAUAAACCUAACAUCCUGCUCAUCCUUCUCCGCUAAAUUGGAAAUCAAAAUGCAGAACACACAUCCAACAGUACAGUACGGAACAGUUAACAACAACAGCCGGACAGCCGUACAGUGUUUAAUGUACAUUUAGUGAGAACGAAAUACCUAAAAAUUUAAUUUAAAAUUGCAAUUUUUAUAAGAAUUGUCCGUAAUAUUUAAGCUUUGUCGGAGAUCGCGUCCGUUGUGGAGAGCCAGGAUCCAAGACUUAAGUCGGAGUGCAUAACAAUCAAAAUAAAAACUCAAAUAAAUAUAAAACUUAAA